CUCGUCGUGGAGUCGGACUAGGACCUUGGAUGUUUUUCAGCAGGGAUAUUUGACUUUCUGCUUUUGUUCUGUUGUACAUACGCACAGCCAUGCCAACAACGCUUGACGUGCCCUCGUUGCAGGAGCUGAGCGUGGACGAGAUCAAUGUGUCAUCUGCAGUGUUGAAGGCUGCUGCCCACCAUUAUGGCUCCCAGUGCGACAAACCCAACAAAGAGUUCAUGCUCUGCCGCUGGGAGGAGAAGGACCCCAGAAAGUGUCUAGAAGAAGGGAGGAAAGUUAAUGAGUGUGCACUCAACUUCUUCAGGCAAAUCAAGGGGAACUGUGCUGAGUCCUUCACGGAGUACUGGACCUGUCUGGAUUAUUCAAACUUGGGAGAACUGCGCCGCUGCCGUAAGCAGCAGCAGAGUUUCGACAGCUGCGUCCUUGAUAAGCUGGGGUGGGAGAGACCUGAGCUGGGAGACCUGUCUAAGGUGACCAAAGUGGCGACCUCGCGGCCCCUCCCAGAGAACCCCUACCAUUCUAGACCACGUCCUGAGCCCAACCCAGUCAUCGAGGCCAAACUGGAGCCCUCCAAACUUGGCAGCAAGUUAUUUUUCUGGAACUGGUGAGGCAGCUCCAGAAAGUCAGUCACCUUCCAAAGCCAUCCGCUCUGUCCAAAAACAACCAGGCUACUUGUGACACAUCAGUGGUACUUUUAACAGGUUUAAAUCCCUCAAGUGCUGUGUGAGGACAGAGGGUUGGUUUUGGACAGAGCUCAUGUGCUAACAGUCUCUUCAUCGGUUGUACCUCCAGCAUUGUUUGAGAAAGAAAGGUAGGAUGGAUUGUGUGAACGAAGUCCAUGAAUCCAUACAGCCUUUCUGACCACUUCUGUAAAUGUAAUGAGUGAACAAAUGCAACAUGCUGUUAUUAUUGUUGUCAAAUAAUAAAGAAAUAAAUUAUAAUUCUGGA